AGUCUAGCCUGGGGGUGAUGGCAGUGGGUUUAGGGACAAGGGAGGGGACAGCUGUGAGCAACCAUGAACCUGCUAACAGCUACCGAACACUCUCUGGGUGCAUGUGCUUCUGCUUUUAAUCACAUCUACCCUAUCAGGUAGGUAUUAUUAUUCCCAUUUUGCAGAUAAAGAAACUGGGGCCUGGAAAAAUUAAGUCUCUUGCAGAAGGUCCACCUUGUAGGAGAGAGAGCUAGAAUUGGACUCAGGGCCUUUGAAUCUGCUGUCUGUGACCCCUCCACCCCCAUUAUCCUUCCUCCUCCUGCAGGAAUUUUCACCACGUGAUGGGGUCUUGCCUUCUGUGUGUAUUUUAGUUCCCAUUCAUAUCCCUCUUCUAGGGAUCCCUGCUUCAAAGCCUACUUUUUUGGGGUGGCUUUUAAGAGGUGCCAUUGAAAUAAAAUUGGGGGCUGAGCUACAGUGGCCACCAAGGCCGUCCACAUGCCCCUUCGGGAGUGGAGUCCUUCCCACAGCUGCCGAAAGUGUGGCCUGGGAGGUCCAGUCCUGGGUAUUCCCUGGCUGGAAAGAGCUGACUCUGCAAGGACACCCCCUCUUCCUGGGCCUCCCACCUUCCUCUUCUACCCAGUGACUGAUAGAUGAAGGCAUACAGAGGACCAGUCCUUUCCCUCCAGCUCAGGACAACUCUGAGAGCACACCCCAUGUCUAGGGCUCGCUGUGGGGUUGGUCGAGGCCUUUGCUGGGACUGCCUCCCUCGGCCCAGUCCUGUUUCCUUCUGUUCAUAGGGAGAUGCUAAAGCCCACCCCCCAGCCCACCCCCAGGCACCCCAGUGACCUUCCCACCCCCUACCAUUCUGCAUUCUCAGUGGAGACUCACUGUGACCCUUCUCUCCUCGCCUUCCCUGUGUCCUGAGGUCCACCUCAUACCUGCAGGAGGUUGGCUCAUCCCUUUGAACAUGGGUUGAAUCCUUGACCCCAAGUGUGGGGAGCUCCCUGACCAGAAGGAGGAUCUCAAGUAACACAUUUCUGACUCCUCAGAGCACAGCAGCUCACUCCCACAGGGCCACACCCUCCGCAGAGACAGAGGGAACAUUUCCAGGCUCCAAGCAGCAGGGUGGCCCCCGUAACUUGAAACAACCAGCACCGAUGGCCUUGGGCCAUUACAAUAUUUUUUGUCUUGGAAAGAACACUUGAAAAUUACAAAAAUUAUGCCAUUUCCAUUGCAUGCCAGAAACACCCAAAUUGCAUUUUAAUCACUUUACAGAGGAAGCCCUGAUACUUGGCUUGGAGAUUCAGAUGUGUCUGGUUUUAAUCAGGUCGUGUGCUGUUUUCCAGUUCCCUCACAUUGGACUCAUGCAAAAGACACCGGAAUCUAUCACAUGUACUAUGUUAAAAGAGCCCCAGAAUCCACGUUUGUCUCGGCAAGUGGAGGGGAAGCUACCGCCAAUCUACAAAGUCCGGGAGAAGCAAGCAGUGGGUAACAGCUUCCCCUUCUCCGUGCAUGACAAUCGGCACAGCUUUCAGAACUCUGGAUACUAUUUUGACUCUGGCCUGGGACGUAAGAAGGUCUCCCCAGAAAAAGGGCAACACAUUUCAAGAAAUUUCAAUCUUUGGGCAUGUGACUAUGUUCCAUCUUGUCUCGAUGGCUUUUCAAAUAACCAGAUAUCCUAUGUCUAUCGGGAAGCUGUGGUGGUCCCAAUUUUCAGACGCUUUCCAAGACGUUAUAAUGAGAUAUGGAACACUUUUAAAUUUAUUCCCCAGCAAAGUUAUAUGGAGUUUUUGAAAAAGAAUCCAAAAGUAAGGUUCAUGAUGAACAAAAAGGCCAAUUCUCCACUGGAGCCCUAAUCUUGCCAGAAGAUUCUUGAUGAGUUUUGCAAUAUUGUUAUUUCAUCGGACAUUCUAAAAGUAUGUGUUUUCCGAUCCAGCACUACAUCAGAUUUGACAUAAGAUUUGUUUAAAAUUAGAGAUUAUAGACCACAUGUGCCUUAACGCUGAGGUGAAGUUUUCUUGCAGUGACAACAUAGAGAUUAAAGUCCUUAUAUUGAGAAACCAGAAAGGCAACAGAUAAUGUUACCACUCUUCACCUUUAAAAUAUUUUUAUCAUUUUAAUAAAGUUGAAAAAUAUUCAACUCCUUUAUGAAACAAAGAUGUGUGAAGACACACACAUUUUAAAUGGAUGUGUUUUAAAUGAAAAUGUGUUUAAAUAAAAUUUUUAAUUGCCACAUUAACUUUCGGGAGAGCUAAGAAAUUAUAUAAUUAAUCUAUGCCUACAUUUUCAUUUUGAAAUUUCAAACAAAACAGAGGAAGCAGGAGUCCCCUUUGAUUUCAGCACAUCUCUAAUCCUUGUCCUGUCCCCAGAAGUAAGCUAACCAUUUGCUUUUACUCUGUGCAUUUACAAUCAUAUACAUGGGCAUAACUACAUAGUAUUUUUGAACGUACAUUAUGUUACACAGUACGUAGUGUAAUAUUCUUGAAGAACAUAAUGUAUCUUGGAGUUCUUGCAGUAUCAGUGUGAAUAGAUUGGUUUGUUUUUUAAACGACUACACUGUAUUCCUUAAUAUGGAUGUACCAUAUUUAAAAAAAAACUAUCUUAUUAAUGAGCAUUUGAAUUGUUUCUAAUCUUUGGCAGUCAGAGCUGGUGCUGAAUGAACAUGCAUGAUCAACCUUUUGGGUGCACGUUCACCUGCACUCUGGAGAAUCUCUGAAACUUACCUUGUUGAUGCUGGACUGGACAGUAUGCAUAGACUUUUAAUAAAUGCUGCCAAAUUAUCUUUGAAAAAGACUGGACCAAUUAAACCACUACCAACAGUAUCUUUGAGUUUCUGGGUCUUCACCACCUCCUGGCCCCCCGGCUCAAAUUAUCUUUUAGAUUUAAGGACAAAAAAGUGGUAUCUUAUGAUUUUCUUGUUUUGUAUUUCUCUGAUUAUUAGUGAAGAUCACCUUUUCCCACUUGGUGGCCAUUCAUAUUACCCUUUUUUAAACUAAGCAGCAUCACCAUCAUUCUAUACUAAAAUUUUCUUGUUUCUAUUUAAAUAUUUUUCCUAUAGGUGAAUUUUAGAAUAAACUUGUCAAGUAAAUCCACUGGCAAUUUGAUAGGGAUAUCCCUGAAGUUAGAUACUAAUUUAUAGGAGAAU